AUGGUAGCGAUACAUAGAGUCGACCAUGGAGCCCAUGCCGACUUUCUUGCUCGCAUGCCAGACAGUUUGCUCGUCUCCAUCUUGGAAACCCUGCCUAAGCACGACCUCUGCAACGUGUCGCGGCUCAACAAGCACUACCACGCCCUCGCAGAUGCUGUGCUGUACAAUACAGUCCAGUGGCUCAAACCGGAGCUUCACCUUAUUUUCAGUCAAUCACUCACCCGUCGGCCACGGCGUGGCUCAGCUAUUGAAGGCGUCAAGCUGGCCUAUCCAGCCUCAGAGCUAACACGUCUCAUCUCCGACACGCUAGAGCCCAUGAAUAGCGUCUCCCAUACAAUUUCCACAAUGUCGAAUUUAAAAACACUCGAUAUCGCAGUACCUGUCAGUCUGCUGCACAGUAUAGGUAAUCUGUUCAACGGCCCGUUCGAUCUGGCUUGUUUGCAGUCCUGUACCCUGUUCUACCAGGAUGAGGAUGAUCAGUACUGGGAUCUGCAAGAGAAUAUCCACAUCUUUACUCACCCAACUCUCGAGACGCUUGUUAUUAAGAGGGCGAAGCUUGACGAUCGCGGCUUUGAGUUGAUUGAGCGUCCACACAACACAGCCUUGAGCAAACUGCAUUUGAUAGAAUGCGAUAUUAACGAUGACACCCUGUCGGAUGUUCUGAUGUUCCCCGAAGCCUUGAAGGAGUUUGUUUUUACACAAAGAGAAGAGCCAGAGCCCGACCUGGAAGAAAGUUCGAGUAGCAUACGAGACUACAUAAUGGCCCUCAAGGAACAGUGCCACUCCCUGGAGACUAUCACGAUCGACUUCCCGAUGUUAGCCAGCGCUAGGCCCCUGGCCCUUCGCGAGUUCGUCUCACUCAAGACCCUGCGGCUGAACUGGGACUACCAGCUUUUUGGAAAGACGACAAAGAAACCGCGCCUAAACUCCGUAGGCUUGCCGCCAGAAUUAGAGACAUUAGAGUUCUUCAAUCCACUCGGAACCGACGAAGAAGUGACGGAACUGCUGGCCAGUGCGAUCGAGACUUUGGAUUUCACGGCCAAGAAGAUGAAAGAGUUGAUUGUUCUUGUGGAAGAGACAGAGAUUCCUAAGCAGGUCUUGGAGGCUUGUAGAUCACAGCCGCAGUUGCAUUUGAGUAUGAUUGGGGGCGAAGAAGACAGGGAUUAA